CUUGAUCGAAUCCAAAUAAAAAAAAUAAAAUAAAAUAAAAAAAAAUAUUGUGAUGUAUCUGACAUCCGAUAUCCGAUAUCCGAUAUCCAAUUUAUUCAAUAUCCAAUAUCCAAUAUCCAAUAUCCAAUAUCCAAUAUCCAGGGUAAUAAGGUCAAUGCAAUCAAUCCCAGCUCAAUCGACAAGUAAAUCAAGGUAUCUUGACCAAGAAGCAAAAUACAUGAACAUAGUGACAUACCUGUGAACUCUGUUAUGGAAAAAUAAAUUAUAAAUGAUGAUAUAGCAAUGAUGAAGAUAAAAAAUAAAAAUAAAAAUAAAAACUUUACUAUGAUUACAAAGGGUAAUUAAGAGAGAGUUGGUCUGAUAUUGAUAAUGAUAUUGACAACAAACGUUCUUUGAUAGGUGUAUUCAAUCUGGCAAUAUGGACUAACGUUUGAUGCUGAAAAGGGACAAGGCUGUCGAAUAGAAUGAGUGUGUUUUGGAAAGAAGGGUUG